UCUCUCUUUCAACUUUCUCUGAAUUCUUAUCUCUGUUUUCUGUUAAAGAGAACAUUUAGUGAGCUUUUCAGCACAGUAAGUAUAAGGAAUAUUUACCAUCUACUUCAAAUUUACAAAUACAACGAUGUCAAAAUUCCGGAUUCCACCUGAGGUGGAUCGAACAGGUAAAUGUUCAAUUAAUGUCAGAAAGCCUUUGUAGUCACACAGGUUCAGAGACUCGGUAAUCCUUCCUUAUAUAAUUCUUCAUGUGGAAGUUCUAGCAAGAGAUUUACAGGCAGCCGUGAGUAGUAUAGUUAUAACAGAAAGUGCAAAAUACCUGCCAUGAAGCCCAAAAAAAGAAUCAUUUUUGUUAAUUUUGUACAUUGACAGUAAAUUUGCCAAGGUCAAUAGACAAUGUUGCUCAAUAAUUUCAAAGAUAUAUCCUUUAUUUAUCAGCAAAUGUCAGGACAAGGAACCAACUUCUUAAGUGUGAAUGUUACUUUACAGAAUAUCACUGAAGCAUUGCCUAGUAUCCUUUAUUAGAAAAAUAAACAAUUUUUAGAUAAGUAUUUGGCGUAUCCAAUUAACGAUGAAAGAAUUUACCAUGAUACCUUUUAGAAGAGAACUCUGGAGGUGUUCUUAAAAUACCUUCAGAGAUGUUCUUGAAAGAUGAGCAAAUGCUCUAAGCAAAAAAAAAGGGUAAAGAAAUUCAAACAAAGAUGUUCUAUAUCUGCUUUAAACUCCUGAUAUAGAAUUCAAUUGUUAGAGAACUAAAUAAAACAUAUACAUCCCACAUGUUGCCUCACCUUGAAAUAUCUUAUCAUUCCUAUUUGGGGAAUUCACUCCAAUGCCAAUUGAUGUUUUGGGUUGUGAUAAUGAUUGUGAUUUUCUAGACAUAAAACCACAUUUCUGUUUAUAAAGAUUAAAGAAAGUGUAAAUGCAAUUCGUAGUUUGUUUUCCCUUGAUUGUGAUGUUUGGCUUGCUAAUUGAUGUUAUGUUGUCUUUGUUAGCUUUACUUUUUCUUGCACAGUAUGUAUGCUGUCUAUGUUAGUUGUCUUGAGAGUUAUAUUUUAUUGAUCACUUGUUUUGUUGAGAAAAUCAUGCUGUUAUAGAGGUUUAGCUACACCAUGGAGGUGGUGAAAGUUUUUGGGAAUACAUGCAUUUGCACAUUUGAAGUUGUGCUUGUUUCUAUUGCUUUGUGUCGUUGUGAUUUUGAAGCAUGUUUAUGUACUAUUCUCUCCGUUUACAUUACUUGCUACAUUUUCUUUUGCACAAAAUUUACUUGCUACAUUUUCUGCUUGUCAAUUAUUGUUUGUUGGUUCAUCGAACGUAGCAAGUAAAUAUAGACGUUUUAUGUUUUGCGUUUUUUAUUUUAAUAGUGAAAUUUUGUUUUGUCAUCUAAUCAGACCAUGCCUAGUGUAGCUGGUACCCAGGGACUUUCUGACUUGUAUGUUAAGCUUCACUUUGGGUUGUUUUAUGGUCCUUCUCUAAUUCCUUCGCCUGUGCCUGCUAUACAAAUUGGUUCCAUUCAGAUGCCUCUUCAACUUCAUCCACAAAUUGGUUCGUCCUUAACGCACAUGCAUGCUCCACAGCCACCCCUCUUUCAACUUGGUCAGCUCAGGUAUCCCUCUCCCAUUUCUCAGGGGAUUUUACCUUUGGGCCCAUUUGGCCAGCCUGUUCAAGAUCCUUCUCACAGUUCUGUGAAAAGCCAUCAUGUUCAGCUUCCACAUCAGUUGAAUGCACACCAGGAUACUGAGUCAAAAGAGGCAAAUUUGGUAGCUACAUCAGGUUCAACUUCAAACAUAGACCAUAAAAAGGCAGAAUUAGGUCCGCAAGCUCCCUGCUUAGGGAAUCCUCGCAAUGUUAUUAGAAAUUUGAAGCCUUCAUUGGCUAAUAGAGCAUCAGAAAGUCGAGGUGGUCCUUCAUCAUAUCAUUCUACUGCUAAUGUAAGAGAUUCUAGUGGACCUUCAGCACCAGGUCAAUUCUCGGGGAGCAGAGGGAGGAGUUUUCCUUCACAGCUAGAAAUCAUGGCGCUAGAUCGUCCUCUUCGGCAAACGGGGCAUCUCAUCCAUAUACUGUUGCAUUCCAGAGGAAGCCACGCCGUGGUCCACAGAGAUACGAGUUUCGGGUACGCCAGACUGCUGAUGGAAAUCAAUCUUCUGACCUGCCUUCUUCUAGUUUAUCUAGGCUGGACCAGUGUGCUAGACACCUCACAACGUGCAGAAGGAAGCUUGAAAAGAAACAUUAGUUCUGAAGAUGAUGUUGACGCUCCCUUGCAAAGUGGUAUUGUGCGUGUCUUCAAGCAACCUGGUAUUGAAGCCCCUAGUGACGAAGAUGAUUUUAUUGAAGUAAGGUCAAAGAGGCAAAUGCUGAAUGAUCGUCGUGAGCAGAGAGAAAAGGAAAAUAAGGCAAAAUGAAGCAACAUGAGAAAGGCUCAGCGAAAAUCUCGCACAGCGGUUCAAGGUACUUCCACUACCAGAAGCACACGCAGAACUACUUCAUUGACUGCUCAAGCACCAAAAAAUGUUCGAUUAGCUGUCUCAUUGAAAAGAGGCUUGCUGAACAAUGAAGUGUCAUCAAAACUAAAUAAUGUUGUGUCCCAACCAUUGGCUCCAAUUGGUACUCCUACUGAUAGUCAGACUGAUGGGAAACCCCAGCCCAUGAAGUAAGCAUUAUUUGAGGGGAAACAAUCAUUUUUAGAAUACUAAUUAUGGUGUUCUAGAGGCAUAAUGAGUUUUUUUUUGCAAUUAUGAUCUUGUUGUUUAUACUUGUGUCAUGACAUAUUAAAUUUUUAUUUGAUUAAUAAAAUUUUAGUUUAUAUCA